CUCUUGAGUUCACAUUGAUUCGUCAGUUUUGCGAUCAUUCAGCAUCAUGCCUGAACCAGCCAAGUCCGCGCCUAAGAAGGGCUCCAAGAAGGCCGUCACGAAGACCGCCGGUAAGGGAGGAAAGAAGCGCAGAAAGUCCAGGAAGGAGAGCUACGCCAUCUACGUGUACAAAGUGCUGAAGCAGGUUCAUCCUGACACCGGCAUCUCCUCCAAGGCGAUGGGCAUCAUGAACUCUUUCGUCAACGACAUCUUCGAGCGCAUCGCCGGUGAGGCGUCUCGUCUCGCUCACUACAACAAGCGCUCCACCAUCACGUCGAGAGAGAUCCAGACCGCCGUGCGUCUGCUGCUGCCCGGUGAGCUGGCCAAACACGCCGUGUCUGAGGGCACCAAGGCCGUCACCAAGUACACCAGCUCCAAGUAGAGUCCCCGAGACUCU